AUGUCGCUAUUAAAGAAACAUCUAAAAUAUAGUGAAAGUGAUGAUUCUUUCUUGUGGAAAAGCUCUCCAGAAGACUUGAAAAAGUUUGUAAAUUCUAUCUUAGACAUCGAAGAUGACUCUAAAGGCGAAUGGAAAGAAGACAAGAAGCACAAUGCUUUCGCGUAUAAGCUCAACGACAUCUCA